CUCGUUGUUUGUUUACAGCCGGAGGACUUCCUGUCUGUGUGUGUGGCUUUGUAAGUUUGUUACACAGGAAGCUAACUGGGUAAAUUAAACUUCUUAAGUCGGCUGUCAAGAUGGGAUGUGAUGGUGGCACGAUUCCUAAAAGACACGAGUUGGUUAAAGGGCCCAAAAAAGUCGAGAAGGUCGAUAAGAAUGCAGAGCUGGCCGCCAGGUGGAAGUACUGCGCCUUGAGCCAGGAAAGACUCAGACGCCCCAUCGUUUCCUGUGACCUGGGGAGGCUCUACAACAAAGGUGCCGUCAUUGAAUAUCUUCUGGAUAAGUCCGCUGAGAGACCCAAUACAGAGGCCGUGGUCCACAUCCGUGGGACAAAGGAUAUCAAGGAGCUGCACUUGACCGAUAAUCCCGAGUGGGAGGGAGAAAGAAGAAACGCUAAAGGAGACCGUUACGAGGACAUCCUCAAAGGCAUGUUCAUUUGCCCUGUUGUCGGGUUGGAGAUGAACGGCAAGCACAGGUUUUGUUACCUACAAACCUGUGGCUGUGUCUUUUCUGACCGGGCCCUGAAGGAGGUCAAGACAGAAAUCUGCCACAAGUGUGGGGACCCAUUUAAAGGGGAGGACCUCAUUGUGCUCAAUGGCACCAAGGAGGAGGUGGAGAAGCUGCGGGAGAAGAUGGAAGAGAGGCGAGCCAGACCCAAACCCAAAACAAAGAAAUCAAAGAAGAGCAAAGAAGCUGAAACCGAAACCGUGUCUGCACCAUCAGAUGUGGCCGGACCCUCCGGAUCGUCCUCCAGCUCCUCGGAAGACACAAAGUCUGCGACGGCCUCCGCCAGCAAGAGGUCCGUCCAGGAAAUGGAGGAGAAGUCGGAGGUCUUCAAGUCACUGUUCACGAGCCACAGCUCCGCCAAGCGCACGAAGGAGCAGACGUCCAACUGGGUUACCCACACCCCGUAUCACUUCUAGUGCAAGGGUGCGGCGGUUUUUAGAUUGUGACCCAUUGAAAGACAGAUUACCACACACACAGACACACGGGCACAUACACACACAAUCACACAUUUACCCACAUGACCUUUAAUAAUGUCACCGAGAUUCCCUGCUCGUCUCUUCAGUCCCCAGUAGCUCAGUGUUUACAUGUUGUGAACAUUUUGUUAAUGACUCCCCAAGCUGUUCCGUGUCUUUGUUUUGAAACCUAAAUCCUCCCCCACGUAUUAACCCUCCCUCCCUGCAUCAAUGUGCUCUCGGUCACAGGUGCUUGGAGAAUUGAUGCCAGGGAGACAUCACUGUCACUCUGCUGCCACAUAGUGGACAGCCUGGUCGCACCGUGCAGACUAUAUUUAUCAAGGUUAGCAGGAGGAAUCUCAGAUAAUUUUGGUUUUAUUGGUCUUUGGACUUUGUAUUUCUUUGAAAGUUUUGUUAGGAAGUGGAUCACAAUAUGAAAAACAUCUUAUUUAUUGAAGCCUUCAAUGCGCAUGAAUCAACAUAAACUAAAGACAAACGCAGCGUUAACAGGGCGAUAGGAAACUGGCUCUUAACUCGGUUCUCGUCCUCACUUUGAACAUCACAAGCUUAAAUAUUUUUCAAAUUAUUUUUUCUUACAGCUGACUAUUUGUCAGUUUGUGACCAUCUACGUGUAGGGAAGUUGAAUUCUAAUGUUUUCUACACAAUCUUCAGACAGCUGAAGUCUGGCAUUUGUUUCUCUUUGCUUUAUUUCACAUAUUAUGAUCAAAUGUCAAAAUAAAUUUCUAUUCAAUCACA